AGCUGCCUCUGUCUCCACAGCGCUGCUUCAGAUGAGAGCAGAGCUGCGCUGCUUCCUGACGCUGACCGCCGCCUUUCUGCUGUGUUGUUUCCUCAUUUUCUCCUCAGAAACGUUGGCGUUUUCACAGAGCCCGAGCGAGCAGACGCAGAAACCGGUGACGUGAAAGGUGGCUGCUGUGGACUGCCUCUCUGCCUUUCUCUCUCUCUGUCUCUCGUCUCUGUUUCUCUGAAAGCUGCUUAUGGCGUCGUCUCUUCUCAGCCGUCAGCUGACGCUCCCCAUUCGGCACAGCCUGCGUCUCGCGGCUCCAGGAACCAGGUAUGUCAGUAAAACGGCCGCUCAGCCCGUGUCCGAGUUCGAGUAUGACGCUCCCUCCAUGAAGACCCGUGUUCCAGGACCCAAGUCAAAGGAGCUGACGAGACAGCUGGGAGAAAUUCAGAAUGUUGGUGCGAUUAAUUUCUUCUGCAACUACGAGGAGAGCCGGGGGAAUUACCUGGUGGAUGCUGAUGGAAAUCGAAUGCUGGAUCUGUACACUCAGAUCUCCUCCGUGCCCAUCGGUUACAACCAUCCAGCUCUGAUGAAGGCCAUCACCAAUCCCAACAAUCUGAGUGCAUUUGUCAAUCGGCCAGCCCUUGGGAUUCUGCCACCGGAAAACUUUCCAGAAAAGCUGAAUGAGAGUCUGCUGUCGAUCGCUCCCACUGGAAUGACACGAGUGCAGACCAUGGCCUGCGGCUCCUGCUCCAACGAGAACGCCUUCAAGGCUAUGUUCAUCUGGUACAAAAUCAAAGAAAGAGGCGCCAGCAGCCCCUCAGCUGAGGAAAUGAGCUCCUGCAUGAUUAACCAGGGUCCCGGCUGUCCAGAUCUGAGCAUCCUGUCCUUUAUGGGGAGCUUCCACGGCAGAACUAUGGGUUGCUUGGCGACGACACACUCAAAAGCCAUCCAUAAACUGGACAUCCCCUCGUUCGACUGGCCCAUCGCCCCCUUCCCUAGGCUGCAGUAUCCCCUGGAGGAGUUUGUCCGAGAGAAUGCUCAGGAGGAGGCGCGGUGCUUGGAGGAGGUGGAGGAUCUGAUUGUGAAGUGGAGGCAGAAGGGAAAGCCUGUGGCCGGCAUCGUCGUUGAGCCCAUCCAGGCCGAGGGAGGAGACAACCACGCCUCACCCGACUUCUUCAUCAAACUGCGCAACAUCGCCCGCAAGCAUGGAUGUGCCUUCCACGUGGAUGAAGUCCAGACGGGUGGUGGAACCACGGGCAAGUUCUGGGCCCACGAGCACUGGGGCACGGACGACCCCGCCGACGUCGUCUCCUUCAGCAAGAAAAUGCUCACGGGAGGAUACUACUACAAAGACGAGCUGCAGCCUGACAAGGGCUACAGAAUCUUCAACACAUGGAUGGGAGACCCCUCUAAGAACCUGUUCCUGUCAGAGGUACUGAACGUUAUCAGGAGAGAGAACCUUCUGGAAGAGGUGACUCGCUCAGGGAAGGCUCUGCUGCAGGGACUGUAUGAACUGCAGGCUCAGUACCCUCACCUCCUGAGUCGGGCCCGAGGCCAGGGCACCUUCUGUGCCAUCGAUGCCCGUGAUGAUGUGACCCGUGACAGCCUCCUACUCAAAACCAGGGACAAGGGUGUUCUCCUGGGCGGCUGUGGAGAAAAGUCCAUCCGUUUCCGUCCUGCUCUGGUCUUUAAAGAGUACCACGCUCACCAGUUCCUCAACAUCUUCAACGAUGUGCUGGCUGAAUACAAGUAGAGUCCUGGAGUCGCAGCCAGCUCCUGCCACAGAACAAGCACAAGGGUCCAGGUCCAGACGAGGGAGUCUUCUUUCUCAACACAUCACAGAGCAGUCCGUCACUCUUUCUUCUGCGUCGUCUUUCCUUUCUAACUUUCUGCCUUACGUUUUAGUUUGUUUUUUUCUCCGAUUUCACAAAUUACAGUAGCAUUUUCUCUCUGCAGUCACUGUAAAGCGCACAAUGAAACCGCAGUAUCCCGGCUGUGUGUGAAUCCCUCAAUCGUGUGGAUCUUCUGAUCGCUGCGUGUUGCGUCAGUAAGACGACUGCAGCAGGUUUUCAGCGUCAGACGAACUUUCCACACCUUGUCCACCCAGUACCCCCUCCCUCCCUCCCUCCCCCAGCACAGCGGGGCUGCUUAGAGAAGGUUCUCAAACCUGAUGUUGCUGCUAGCUGUCCCCUGACAGCUUCCUCAGAAUACAAAGGCCGUCCGAGCUCGAGUUCACAGUCAAACCUGAGCAGAUGAGUACACUCACUACCUGAGACCUCAGAAAAGCUCGACUUGUAAAAGCUCUCCUACCUCACAGCAAGGAGGGGGAGAUUUAGCUAGGACCCAUCAUUUCUUCUAAAACUCCAGGGAGGUUCUGAUAGUCUGAUGCUCCAGUGAAGGCAUGCAGAGGAGGAAGCCUGUAGGAAAGGUGCUUUUCUUAAACUGAUUGAGGUGUAUAGAACGGCAGGGAGGAAUCAGAAUGGGUCGCACAGAACAUUUCCAAAUCCUGGUGAUGGAGCUCAGCUGAGGGGGGUAUUUCAAAAAGCAGGAUUUCUCUCAGAGCCAGAUAACUUGAUGCACAAUCCUCACUUUUGGCACAAGGUUUUGAAGAAAACCUUGUGUCUCCAAAAUGGUAACUUUACAGGAGAAGGAAAAAACAUACUUCACUUUUAAUGUAAGUCAAUGGAACCAGAAUUUUUUUCCAAGUCAUUUUGUUCCGUUUCUUUUGGUCCCUUCAUCAUAAAAUUUACACACAAUGUAAAAAGUAACAGGCAUUUUCAAAUUAUGAUAAAAAAACUGAAAAAAUGGACAAGAUUUUCUUCCGACAUGGACCGAUAUGGACCUUAGUGGAAAAAAUCAAAUGCAAGAAAAUGUAGGACCCUUUAAAGGGGAAUUCUACCAAAUUUUCAAAAUAUUUGCAUAAUUAUUGUGUUGUCAUUUAGAGUGCUUUGAUAUGAAAGGCUCUAGAGAAACUCUGCAGUUGUACACAGUGGUGACGAGUGGAACCAGACGUCCCUUGCAGAAAGUUAUUACAUAACCAUGUAUUGUUCAUAAAAUUUUGUCUGUAAGGAAAACUUUUUUCCCCAGAUUGAUCACUAUUUCCCAUCAUCAACAUUACAUAUAAACACUCAGAAGACUCGUGUAGGUUCGCUGGUGGUUUUGGAUAGUAAAUAAAAUGUCUAUAUUUGUGUUGUAGUCAUGGCGACCCCUGGUUCCUAUCACCACCACUGUAAAGAGAUCUGAACCAUUUCACACCAAACCUCUCUGAGUCACUCUGAUUACAUCUCACACACUCAAUUAUGCAGAAAUGUCAGUAAACUUCCACUUAGUUAUCUGGCUAAGAAAGAAAAUCUAGCUAUUGCAAAGCGCCCACCUUAGAGCUCACUGACUCCAACACUCCAGUAACAGGAUUUGGAAACAGUGACUCAGAUCAUUUAUUGAGUAUUGUUCUUCGACCUGUGUCUGUCAGAGGAAAAUCAACUGGCAGCUACUGAACCUCUUUAUUAAAGCUGGCUGCCUGCCAGGCUUCGCUGUGGUCUUUUCUUUUAGCAAAAUAAAGCAAGUCCCUACUCAGACUCAGAGACCUCUGAACUGAGUUCGAGAGUGCUGUUAGAUAUGAAAACGCCUGUUCUCUAAGCACAGAGCACUUAAAAACACCUGUGUCAAAUUACAGAUUCCCGUCAACAUGUACAGGAAUUCAGUGGGAACCACAGCAGGCAGCAGCGCUGCAAUACUGGCACUAACCCCACAUCCACACCCACAGCACAUAUGAAGGCUUACGUUUCCUGUGAAAGCACAAAGGGCUGCUCUUCCAGAACACGGCCGCCGCCAGGUUUCAAGCUCGAGAGGACUUUUCAGUGGAGAAUCCAUAUUAAAUGGAGAGUCCAGCGUUUUUCAACCUACUCACAAUUUGCAGUAUGUUGCUGUUGUCGGAAGAAAACCUCGUAUCUCAUUUUUGUCGUUUUUGACAAAUUUGAAAAUACCUGUUGCUCUUUACAUUGUCUGUAAGUUUCAGGGUGAAUGGACUAAAAGAAACGGCCCAAAAUGACUUGGGGAAAAAGUCUGGUUUCAUUGACUUACAUUAAAAGUAAGGUAUGUUUUUGCCUUCUCCUGUAAAGUUACCAUUUUGGAGAUACGAGGUUUUGUCCUGACAACAGCGAUAUGUAGUGUACAGUCAGUUAGCACAGAAUAUGAUCUGGAUCUGUUUGCCUGAACAGAAGUUCGCCCCCAAAUGAUGCUCUUUUGACGUCCGGAGUCCAAUCACAGGCAUAACGAGCUCGCCAGCGGAUCAAUAUUGAUGUUUAUUUUUACUGCAUGUAAUGUGUUCACACACGCGACUCACAUCUGAAUGCUCAGUUUGAGUUUUUUGGGGGUUUUUUCAUCCAUGCUAACCUGCGUUACAUCCAUGAGCUAACGAGAGGCUCAUUACUCAUCUUAAGUUGACAAGUACACCACAGAUCUUUGCUCUCAGGGUACCACCCAUAUUAGGAACUCCGGGUCUAAGCUGGUUUUCUCUAGGACAGAAAUGGACAGUGUUUUUGAAAAUCACUGUCCUGUGAUAAACAAACAAGCUCCAAACUUGAUACAUUUAGUGUGUGUACAUUUCCAUAUUUCCAUUGUCACUGGAUUCUCUGAAUUACAAGGUUGUGUAGCAGUCAAAAUAUGAAUAACGCUACAAGCAGGCUAACAUUGAGUGCGUUUACAUGCACUCGAUACUCUGCAUUUAUCUGAUUAUUCAAAUGGUCAUGUAAACAGCACACUGAUUUCUUAGAUCGGAGUAAAGUCUAGAAAUCUGAUGAAGAAAUCUGAUAAAGAGGCUGGAUUUUAGCUCAGUCAUCAGAUUUCUCAGUGCAUGUAAACUCUUACUCUGAUUUCUUUCCAAUUUCUCAGCGAAAAACAGUCAGCGGUACUGGAAAUAAGCGAGCAACGUUGCCGUGAGAUGCAGCAAAACACUUUUGGAGCAACACUGAAACCAAAUACAUGCUUGACAAAAUGAAGGAUUUAAAUAUUCUUCAUCUUCUAGAUGAUGUAUGUUCAUAUUUGCAGGUAAAGUGGUGCGAUGUUUUUUUAAAAAAAACCUGCAUUGUGUAGUUUGAGUUUUACAUUGUUUACAUCACAACUUCUCUGAGUUUAUUGGCUGGUUGCAAAAUAGAAAUCUGAUUACUGCCUGACUCAUGUAGACCUGGAGUUUCCAUUAUCUUAUUAAGGGCAUGUAAACACACUCACUGCUUCACACUGAACAGUCAUAUGAAAGUAAGUCUAUUAUUAAACUUCAACACUGUUAUAAGCCAACACCUGCUAUUCAGACUGCAGGCUAAAACUGCCAGAUCCUCCCUAUCCGAUCACCUUUGGCAAAGCAAUGCUGAUUUGUGUACUUUGGUAAGGUUACUCUUAUAAUGUCAGUUGAGUGUGCAGCAGUGCUAGCUUGGAAGUAGCAAUAUUCAUAGUUUGGCUUAUUAAUGACCUCAUAAUUCGGAGGACCCAGCAACAUUCAGAGGAAGAAUGUCCGUACCAGCUUUAAUUAAACUAAAAUGUUCUAAUUUUAUUUUUCUAAAACAUCAUUCAACCCUCCCAUGGAGAAAACCAGCUUAGAUGUGGGGUUCCUAAUAUGAGCAUGAGGCAGAUUAUAGAAUGAUGACAUGACCCCCCCCCCACUUUGAGCUCCACCUUCACAAGGCGUUAGAAUGGUUGUCCCCAAACGUUCUAGCUACAUCACAUCUGGCCCCACGAGGCUGGAAGCCACUGGUCAGUUGUUUAGGUUGAAAAAUGCUGGAGUGUUCCUUAAACUAAGCUUAAUCUUCAGCCACGAACCCGUACAGUCGGUCACUUCUCAGGUGAACAUGACCCCCUGCAGCCUCUGUCCCCCGUCUGCUCGUUUCAGUACCGAGAGAUGUUUGCGUACGAACUGCUUGGGGUGAUUCUCCUGCUUCUCCAAACCCAAACUGCUCAGAACACGAAAGCUUUGGCUUGAACUGUAGAGUUCUUGUAUUUCGCGCCAUUCACUCGUUUUCUAAAUAAAACCGCACACAAAAGAGAAAGAGCGCUGUCGACACACAAGACAGAGUCUGUCUGCAUCAUUCCCUCCCCAUCCCUUUUUCACUCCUCCUGAAUUAUAAAUAUGUACAAAAACCUGUAGUUAGACUCGUUUUCUUCAGCACUGCUUGAACAAAAAAAUAGAAACACUUUUUUUUCUAGAGGAAAUGCUGCAUCGCUCUUGCUGUGCCACGUCCCAUUUAUCAGCGUAAAGUAGUUCAUGUUGCUUUGAAUGCUUCGUAAAUGUUUUUUUAAAGCCGUGGUGGACAGGUGGCGUCUACAGCAGCAGCAGACGCAUAAAGCUGCUCAUUUAGAGCUAAAGAAAUCCCAUGUGACGACUCUGUGCCUGUCUGUUUUUUGGCCAAGUCAGUAUUGUAUAGAGAGUUUGUGUAUCACUGAUUUACCUGUUAACAGAUAACAAUUCAGAUCAUCGCUGUUUGUUUACACCACUAUGUGAAAUGUUUAAAAAUGUAAUUAUUCCCUAGUCUUAAAUAUUGACAAUAUAUAUGUACUCUAAAUAAAUAAAUCUGACAUUUUGA